AUGGACAAUGGUUCCCUCCUCAAUGAGUACAUUGUGUACCGCUCUAUCCCAUGCAUGGAAUGCUUAGGAAUGCUGCAUAAGCGUGUUCAGGGGAGCAUCUGCUGGAGAACCUUUUCAGGGACACUCUUACUGCUGCUGGUGUCGAGCCUACUGGUAUGGGAGAAAGCUGCAUCAGUUCCUGAGUGUCACACAAAAGGGGGGGGCUGCUGGGACCCACUUGUGGAAACCUUUAACAGUGCCAUCAAACGAGCAGAAACCAUCCGGGAUGUGGCUGAGCAAAUGCAUCAAGAGUUUUUCCAUAAUGAAUUCUUUUCCAGUACAUUUAAAUAUCUGCUUGAACUAAUGACGAAGAGGCACCAAGCUGUUGUCAACGCCAGACUAAACUGCCACUCUAAUGCCACAGUACAUCCAGAUCUGGGAGCUGAACCCACAAAUAUCAAGAACAAAAAAUUUUUGAAAUCAUUGAUCCAUUAUAUGGGUGCCUGGCGCAGGCCUCUAUACCAUCUCGUGAUUGAACUGAAAGCCAUGCAAAAUGUCCCAGAAAGUAUACUUUCAAAAGUCAAUACUAUUGAAGAGAACAACAGAGAACUCCUGGAUGACCUUAGGUGGAUACUCACCAAGGUAUUUCCUACAGCAAAGAUAAAGGAAAAAGAUCCUGUCUGGGACUAUCUUUCAUCCAUAAAAUCAAAUGAGAAACAGUAUAAAUUUUUGGCAAUGUUUAACCUUUCCUACUGCCUACGGACAGAUAUAUUACACACUGUACGUCAUCUGAGAACACUGAAGUGUCGAAUAACUGGGAAAGACUGCUAA